UGGAGCCAGAGGCAUUGUGGGCAUGGCUGCCACCAGUCCCGCCAGAGAGAUACAGGGAGGAAGCCCAAAAUUGGAGGAGAAGACAGUGGAGGAGGAGAGGGAGCAGGAGGAGAAGGCAGCAGCAAUGGCGGCGGACCAGGACGAGGAGACGCUGCAGCCUCAGAGGAGGAAGGGCCCCGCAGGAGAGGAGCCCAUGGAGGCAGUGGCGGUGCAGCCAGAAUUGCAUUCCCUGGAGAACAGGUGGGCUCUGUGGUUCUUCAAGAAUGACUCCAGCCAGGCCUGGCAGGACAACCUGCACCUGAUCAUCAAGUUUGACACCGUGGAGGACUUCUGGGCGGUGUACGGUCACAUUCAGUUGGCCAGCAAGCUCUCUUCAGGCUGUGAUUAUGCCCUUUUCAAGGAUGGCAUCCGGCCCAUGUGGGAAGAUAGCAGGAACAAGCGCGGGGGCCGCUGGCUGGUCAGCCUGGCCAAGCACCAGCGCCACAGCAAGCUGGACCGCCUCUGGUUGGAAACAGUGAGUGGGCACUGGGAUGGGCAUGGAAGGGGCUGGUGCUGGCUUGAGGAUGGAGGCCAGUGGGUAUGUGUGGGGAGGCACCCCUGUGCCCGAGCCAAAGCAUUCACUGUAUUCCUCCUGGGGGCCCAGCUGCUGUGUCUGAUCGGGGAGAGCUUUGAGGAACACAGCCAGGAAGUGUGUGGGGCUGUGGUCAAUAUCCGCACCAAGGGAGACAAGAUCUCCGUGUGGACUCGGGAGGCGGAGAACCAGGCCAGCGUGCUGCACAUCGGGCAUGUCUAUAAACAACACCUGGGCCUCUCAACCAAAGCCAUCAUCGGUUACCAGGCCCAUGCAGACACGGCCACCAAGAGCACCAGGAAUAAGUUUGUGGUGUGAAAGACCUUGGCCUUGCUCCCAUUUCAAUGUCACCACCUGAGCCUUGUGUGUGUGUGUGUGUGUGUGUAAAUGUGUACACGGUGGGGGGAGGGUGGUCUACACAGUUGCUCCUGGGCAGGACUACUGGACAGACAGCGGGUUCUUCCCAUGGCCUGCAGGAAAUACAAAGCCCCCUUAACAUGAGUGGGGGCUAGGCAUGGGGCAGCUCUGUAGCGGGGACCUAGUGCUGACUGGAACUGCAGAGCAGGGGAGAAGGACCCAGGGUCUCUGGCUUGCCUUCUAUCACCUGGGGGAAGGAUUGCUUGUUGGGGGAUGACAGAGUCAGUACUUUAAAGCCCAGACUUCCAUUUCAGGGAGGGGGCUCAAGGCCAUUGCCACUCAGAGGACAGGUGUAGAGGGACUCUUUAUGAUCAUGAUGCUUGAAAACCUUCAGAAGUGGUCUCAGACUUAUAACCUCAAUGUCCACCCAUGGCUCUCCUUCUUUUGCCACCAGUGGUGGGUGGGUCCCUGGAGUGGGGCUAGCUUGGUGACCCAUGGCCCAAUGACUCCGAGGCAGAGCAGACACCUGUCCAGAGGAGAUGAUAGGGAGAAAGCCUUCUCUUGGUCCCUGGCCUGGGGCCACCAGGGUGCUCCAGCUUCAGGUCCUGAGUGAAGUGCAGGUGUGUGAGUGUCCCUGUGCGCCAGGAGGGAGGGUGGUGGUGUCAGCUUUUCUGUGAUUCUAAAUAAAUGCUCACUUCUGAACAAUA